AUGAAGAUAACCUGGUUUUGGGUACCUUAUACCGAAAACCUACUGUGCGACUAUAAUCCCGUACCGAAACAGUGCCGCAACGCGAUAUUUCUGCCAUGCUCUGUGCACGAUGUACUCAUAUCCUCUCAGGAACAGUACUACCACCGGAGGACCCUGAUGGGCGGUUUAACAACUAUCCAGCAGAUCAUCCACAUUGGAACGAACAUUACUCCUCCUUGGCUGAGGUCGGCAGUCAUGCUCAGGAUGGAGCCUAAGGAUCCUGCAGCAUCUUACGUCUCCGCAGCAAACAGUGGCGAUGAAGCUACCUUUCAACUUUUGGACAGGUGGGUUUCGACUUGCUCUAAGGAGCAUCCGGAGAGAGGUUGCCUGGUGACAAACACGGACAAUUGGCGACCAACCCGACUGAUACAACUUAUCUCGCCACUCAAAGGCAAAGUCAUCGCAACCGAAGUCGCCAAUCUGGCCACACAAGACCAAUACAUCUCGCUCAGCCAUUGCUGGGGACAACAUAGACCUACGACAUUGCUCACUACGAAUCAGGCUGAGAUGGAGAACGGGUUCGAUGUUACCAUGCUUCCGCAAACCUUUCGCGAUGCCGUACAAUUAACCUGGCGUCUUGGUAUCCGCUAUAUUUGGAUAGAUUCCCUAUGCAUUUUGCAAGACAGUGCAGAAGACUGGCAGCGAGAAGCAGCGACAAUGGGAGAUGUAUACCGGUUUGCCUACCUCAAUAUUGGGGCAACACGUGCCAGUGACAGUACUCAGGGAAUGUUUCAUACCCGAAAUCCUGGAUGGUUGGAGGUUCCACGGGUCACUAUUCAGUUCGAAGGUUACGAACCUCUGAGCUGCAUACUGGGAGACGAGUGGGCGAUAUACCGCCCAAUUCCAGAAGGCCCGUUGAUGACCCGAGGAUGGGUCCUGCAAGAACGGCUGUUAGCACCACGUAUGGUGCACUUCGGAGAGCGCCAGAUUUCCUGGCAAUGUAGGGGUGGGUGGUCGAACGAGAUGCAUACCAGUGCCACCGCUUUGCAGAACGGUUUCCACAGUCUUUACGUCAAUGAACAGUCAGACAUGUUCGAGGCGCUCUUCGAGGAGCGUAAGAAUGAGCAAGACACAACGAAGAUCGUUGCGCGUGCGUGGUCCGAAACCGUGCGCCAAUAUGCCAAACUCAGGCUCACCUUUGCCAGUGAUAAGCUUGUUGCUUUGUCUGGCUUGGUAUCCCGCUUCUCAAGGGUCAGGCCCGCAAAUGACCAGUAUCUGGCUGGUCUCUGGAAAAGCGAGCUGCCAGCCUCGUUACUGUGGUACUGUUCGAAGCGAUCAAAGCGCUCAGAGACCUACCAGGCACCUUCCUGGUCUUGGGCGUCUCUUGAGGCUGACGAUAUCAACACUGCAGCGAUGACUCGCGGAGAGUGCGCUUCCCUAGUCUCUGCUAAUGUUGAUGUUGUGGACAAGGUCAAUCCCUUCGGCCAGGUGUCCGGGGGCCAGGUUACUAUCAACGCACUGGUAACGAAGAUAAGAGUGCUCUCGCAACGAUAUGCAGGUGAGCACUCGGCAUACAGACGGUAUACCUGCCUAUUGGAAGAAGUCGAUUUGGAGGGUUACUGCCACGAUAUCCCAGACUACAAGACACACGAGGGCGGGAUGAAAUUUGAACUCGGACAGCUGUACUGGGACGACACUCCAUUGCCAAAUGCUAUUUUGGAUGUGGCGUUCAUAGUUGGCUCUACAAGAAACGAACAAGUGGACUUCGGCUGCCUGUUGUUAGAGAAGAAGGGUGAGGUUUAUGAAAGAAUUGGAUAUAUUCAGUUCGCUGCUGAGAAGGAGAAAGGAGAAGUGGCCUUGGCGCGCAAAGACCUGUUUCAAGAUGUUGUAAUCAUCUGA